AUGAGCCCCCUGGGUGUUUGGACUUUGGUAAUUAUUUUGUAUCAAACCGUCCUGUGCGUGAUCAUCAGUUGGGUCGUCCUCGGCUGCAACCUGAUGCCGUCGGCCGAGGAACUGCACGAGGUGACCCUGAUGAAACUCCUCUACCUGUACGACCCUGCGGCCUGCGGGAGGAUGCAAUUCUUCAACUACACAAUGAAGACGGCCACAAACAUGCAUGUCUCCACGAUAGUGUGGCCUCAGAGGAAUUCCGUUGCAGCCAGCUUCCGUGGCAAGGUUCGCCUAUGGCUUGCCCUGCAUCUGCUUUGGCUAGUGUUGGCUGUGGUGAACCUGACUCAGGGUCAUCGAACUUGCGGCUUCUACGUGGGGCUGCUGCCCUUCUCCUGCACCGGACUCGCCUUGUCGCUGGUGGAUGUCAUUUUCACGGGACUAUUCGUACGAGACAUCGAGAGAACUUCCACGGAGCCGAAGCUAUCGAACAUACAAGAUUAUCUUUGGGCAGUUGAUAUCUUGGAUUACGUCCAAUCUGGUGAUGGCAGCCUGCGAUGGAUUAUCAAGGCAAUGCGAUGGCGCGUACCACCGGUGAUCGAUAAGAAGCAUGUCGAAGACACAUCCUGGGUUGCAGUAAUGAUGGCGUACAUUAGCUGCAGGGGUGUGGUGCAGUGGAUCGUCAACCUUUGGCUCGUCAAGGACAACUUUGUCCAGGGCCGCCAGGCGUACCGU